ACGAGUGAUUCCCCAAAAGUGGGGAAAUAUAUAUAUUUGUUCUGUUCCUAUCUCUCUUCAAAACCCCAACAAACAUAAAUUAGGUCUUUCUCAUCUUCCUCUUUCUCACUUCGCCAAUCCGAUAAGGAAAGUGUGGGACUAAUCUCAACGAUCCAAUGACCUCUAAGCUACUUGCUUCCACCCUCCGUCACCACCUCACAAAACCCACCCAACUCCUCCGCCGACACUUUCUCUCCACGGCGGCAGCAGCAGCGGCAGAGCCCCAACAACACCAUGACGAAUCGGCUGGCCUGACGAUGAAGGGAGUCAAAAUCGCCGGAAGACCCCUCUACCUCGACGUGCAAGCCACAUCACCGGUGGACCCUCGAGUCCUCGACGCGAUGCUCCCCUUCUAUAUCUCCCGCUAUGGAAACCCUCACUCUCGCACCCACUUCUAUGGCUGGGAAUCCGAUGAAGCCGUCGAGAACGCUCGCGCUCAGGUGGCGUCUCUAAUUGGCGCUUCCCCCAAGGAAAUAGUGUUUACCUCCGGCGCCACCGAGUCCAACAACAUCUCGAUAAAGGGUGUGUUGCAUUUCUACAAGGAGAAGAAGCGGCACGUGAUAACGACCCAGACUGAGCACAAGUGCGUUUUGGAUUCAUGCCGCCAUCUUCAGCAGGAGGGUUUUGAUGUUACCUAUCUUCCGGUUGAGUCUGAUGGGUUGGUUGAUUUGGAGAAGCUUAGGGCGGCGAUUAGGCCUGAUACUGGGCUUGUUUCGGUGAUGGCGGUGAAUAACGAGAUUGGGGUGUUUCAACCGAUGGAGGAGAUUGGGAGGAUUUGCAAGGAGUUCAAUGUUCCGUUUCAUACCGAUGCGGCUCAGGCUUUGGGGAAGGUUCCUGUUGAUGUGGAGAAGUGGAAUGUGAGUUUGAUGUCGUUGAGCGGGCAUAAGAUUUAUGGGCCUAAAGGGGUUGGGGCAUUGUAUCUUAGGAGGAGGCCGAGGAUUCGCGUGGAGCCUCAGAUGAAUGGUGGUGGGCAAGAGAGAGGGAUUCGAAGUGGGACGAUUCCUACUCCUUUGGUUGUGGGGAUGGGUGCGGCGUGCGAGGUGGCUAUGAAGGAGAUGGAAUAUGAUGAGAAGAGGAUUUCUGCAUUGCAAGAGCGGUUGCUUAAUGGGAUUAGAGAGAAGCUUGAUGGGGUUGUGGUGAAUGGGAGCAUGGAAAGGCGUUAUGCUGGGAAUCUGAAUUUGUCAUUUGCCUAUGUUGAAGGGGAGAGUUUGCUUAUGGGGUUGAAGGAGGUUGCUGUCUCCAGUGGUAGCGCCUGCACUAGCGCUAGUUUGGAGCCUUCUUAUGUGUUGAGAGCAUUGGGAGUCGAAGAGGACAUGGCUCACACUUCCAUUAGGUUUGGUAUUGGGAGGUUCACUACAGAGGCUGAAAUCGACAGGGCAAUUCAGCUCACGGUUCAUCAAGUGGAGAAGUUGAGGGAGAUGAGUCCGCUUUAUGAAAUGGUCAAGGAAGGUAUCAACAUCAAGGAUAUUCAAUGGGCACAGCACUGAGUAUUUGCCAUCCGCCUUCCUGGUAGCCUUUUAGAAUCAUGUUGAGAAUCACGAUAGGUAGUUUAGGAUGAAACAUGAUAUAAAUGAUUAUGUAUAAUAAGUUAAUAACUUUAUGGUAUUAUGUGUGUUUCAUUGGCAAUUACCUGAAAUAGAUAAUGAUGGUAGAAUAAGCACUCAUGAUGCUUGUAAGCUUUAUCAAGUUUUGAUUUUGUGUUGUUUUUUUGUGCUUUGCUGAAUCUUUAAUACAUCUGGCCAAUUACGUA